AUGCAGUCCGGGGAUCCGCCUGAGGCUGGGCUCUCUUCACUCCCCAAGCAGGAUAUCGAUUCACCUUCCGCCAAACGUCGUCGACAGUCUCCCAGAUCUGCUGCUAAUAGACCUGAGCAGUCUACUGGGCAGACAAGUGCUUUUCAGACAUCUGUACCAGGACAGCUUACCCAUAUUGGCCCCCAGGACCACGGCUCCUUCCGCCAAGGGGACCGAGACGAGAUGCAACGUUCCUCCACGCCACCAGAAGGAUCAUCCGUCCGGUAUACUAGGACUGGUCGGGUGAGCAAGGCAACCAAGGGCCAAAGAGUGCACCGUUGCGACGAGUGUGACAAGACAUAUACCCGAGCAGAGCAUCUGAGACGACACAAACAGAAUCAUAAGCCUGGUGCAUUCGUUUGCGACAUUCCUGGCUGCGGACGAUCCUUCUAUCGCGAAGACCUUCUUACACGGCACAAAGAACGGCACAACGAUCCUCUCGACCCACCCACCAGGCGAACAUCGAUCGGCAGCCAUAUCUCUGCCACUGGGCAGGAUGGCUCGCCAUUCGCUAGCGCAUCACGAAUACCUUCCAGCAACAUCGUCGACACCGAUGGCGGGCAUGUACUCGACGACUUUGCACAAAGUGCUCCCGUGACAGCUCCAUCACAGCAGGCUACGUCCAGGGCACCACGGAAAUAUAUCCCUAUCCACGAACUGCACUCUGUAGCAUCAUCGAACAUUCCAGUCGAUGGUGGAAAUUUUGUCACCAACGGCACCUCUGGUAGCUUCUUUGAGCCCUCCCCGCCUUACUCUCCAACUGGAUACGCAUCACCUACGAACGACUAUACCGAUGCGGGAUGCUGGCCGUAUUACACUCAUGCCCCGCUCGGACGCAACGGGCACAACAUACAAUCCAGCAUAAGUAACACUUACGAACCUGCCACCGCUUCGCGCUCGCCAAUCUCGGCUGGCUCUUCGACGACAUUUCUGCCUUACUGGGGUCAGUACGCACCUAGCCCCAGUGCAGCCUUCAAUCUCAAUUCUUCUUCGAGCUCUGACAUCGCUGGAUCCAACAGCUUCGAUGACUGCGGGCCCGUGAUUGACGAAAGUUCCAUACCGAUCUGGACUAACGGUGUGCUGCGACUCAUGCCGGCGCAGGAGAGGGAUGAUAUGGAGCGGAACUCUCUCUUCAUCAACUCCGCUUCAUGGACGAAUCUGAACGGACUGCUACCGUACAACGCAGCGAGCAACGACGACCAGCGCUACGUCGAUGCGUACUUCACCUGGGUACAUCCAUCAUACCCAGUCUUGCACAAAGCGUCGUUUGACCUGACCUCUACCUCUCCACUGCUGCGUGCAUCAGUCCUUGCACUCGGGAUGCACGCGCUGCCGAACGCGACGGAUAUGAACAAUGCAAAGACUAUUCACGAACGUGCGGAGAAAGUUAUCAAGAAGCGCACACAGCAGAACUGGCACACGUACCGUCUCUGCGACAUGCAAGCCUUGUUCCUACAUGAGCUCUAUGCCAUAUUCCGAUCACGACGUCCGCCGCUGCAAUUCAGUAAGGCCUUCGAGAAUGUGUAUCAGCGACUUGUACACGACCCGGAGGCUCUUGGACUGAACAUGGGCACUUCGCUGUUCGACAGCCCGAUCUCGACCCGGCAUGCUUUCGAAGAAGUGAACGUCUGUGACGAUGCCACGCAUGAUGUGCAAAGCAAACAGUACCUCCUUGCCGCUUGUUAUAUCCUGGACCAGCAGCACUCACUACUAUUCGGGCGCCCGGCCAUGCAAUGUAUGGCCAAUGCCAACAACAGCUUGACCGGAUUGACACUGCCCUUUCCACGAGCUCAGCCCAACGACGUGGAACAAGAGACCUACCAAGACCCGUUCUCGAAGUACGACCCAAGCUUCGGACAGUGCGAGCAAGUCUAUGAGGCCUUGAGCACAGCAGCGAGCAUUGCGACACCUCCCGAUCAGCGACACGAUGCCUUCCAAUCCAUGCUACUCCUUGCAUGCAGCAUCGACCCCGCCAACAAUGUCCAGAGCUAUGGUCUUCAAAUCGACGAGCGUAACGAUCCUACAACCCUCUUGCUAUCGCUUGAGCAAGUCCCUCGAACGCAACUGGCCUACCAUACUUUCAUGCUCUGCCGCCACACACCAGUUCGAGAUCUGUUGGCAGUCGCUGGAGAAUCUUGGGUGAUGGCCGAGAAGAUGGGCUCGCAAGCACAGUACAUGGCCUCACAAAUGGUGGCGCGCUCCUGGGCUUCGCGCACGGCGGGCGAGCACUGCAACAUCAUGAAUCGGAUGCCCAUUCAGCUCGCAUACUUCCACGCGCUACAGAUCCUACAGCUCUCAGCUAAGCAUGCGAACACGGGCUUGAUCUUUCAUGACUGGUCGAUCUACCUUGCUGCUGUCGUGGUAUGGGCGGCUGCGUAUAUCGCUCAUGAGCGCCCGGGGAGGAAGCCGAGACUGUCCAUACCCAGCCCCACGGUACCUCAGCUUUCCGCUUUUGAGCUGGAGAAGUCGGUGAAGGCGAUUCUGGCUGCGGGACCACAGGCUGUGGUUGGGAGGAAGGAGGCAAAACAUGUUUUGUUGUGGGUAAAGAGCAGGAUUGAGAAGGUCGAUGUGCCACAUGUUUGUGGAUUGACCAAUGGAGCCCUGGAUGUGUUGGGCAAGCUAGUUACGAGAGGAGAUGAGGAUGGGUGGUUUGCUUGA